AUGUACUCUGCAGGCUUGGAGAUCCUUGGGAUCAUCCUGGCCGUGGCUGGCUGGCUGGGGGUGAUGGUGGCCUGCGGCCUGCCCAUGUGGAGGGUGGCUGCCUACAUCGGUCAGAACAUUGUCAUCUCACAGGUGAUCUGGGAAGGCUUGUGGAUGAACUGUUCGGUGCAGAGCACAGGCCAGAUGCACUGCAAGGUGCACGACUCCAUGCUGGGAUUGCCGAUAGAUCUGCAGGCAGCGCGUGCCUUGGUCAUCGUCUCCAUGGUGCUGUGCAUUAUGGCCAUCGGUCUGUCAGUGGCUGGUGCCAAGUGCACCAACUGCAGCCGGGAUGUGAGCAGUAAACCACGCCUCGUCGUGGCUGCAGGGGUAACCUUCAUGGUGGCUGGACUGCUGAUGCUGGUGGCUGUGUCCUGGACAGCCCACGCCAUUGUAAUGGGCUUCUACGACCCAAUGCUGGAGGAGACGGCGAAAAGGGAAUUUGGUAAUGCUCUGUACUUUGGUUGGGCUGCCUCCUGCCUGCUCAUUCUAGGGGGAGCCCUGCUCUGCUGCUCCUGCCCCACCAGAUCAGCUGCAGCGGGUGGUGGCUCUGCGCCUUCCCGGGUGGACUACUCAGCUGUCAAAACCAUGUCAGUCAAUGGAUACACCAGAAGAGACUAUGUAUGAACAUGUGGGAACAAAUGAAGAUUUGAUGAGCAGCCUUAAUAAACCUGUGGUCAGUAGAUGGAUGUUGAGCGGAAACUUGAACAAUCACUAUGAAUGACUGAUGCAUG